AAACAAAACGAAAACAGCUCCCGCGAUCAAGUCACCCACUUUUACUUUUGUGUAGUCUUUUUUCCAGCCAUUUGUUACUUUAAUAUGUCUUUCCAGCUUUAGCUGCAUGGGGUUGAAGUAGGAAGACUGUUAGAUACAGGCUUCUUGUUUCUUAUAAACCUUAGGCUAGCCAAGCCUGAUAAACAGCUGAAUAAACUUAAGAAACAUCGGGAGCUGUUUUCAUAUUUCUGCUUUAAAGACAUGGAUGGUUAUCCCGGAGUCAUCCACGGCGACGCUACAAAACACCAAGAAAGACAUUACUUCCUGUUAUCUGAACUGCAAACCUUAGUCAAAGACUUGCCAAGCUCCUUCCAGCAGCGUCUGUCCUACAACACGCUGAGUGACCUGGCUCUAGCCCUCAUAGAUGGGACCGUUUAUGACAUCGUGCAGGGUCUUCUGGACAUCCAGCACCUAACAGAGAAAAACCUGUACAACCAGAGACAGAAGCUGCACUGUGAACAUCAAGCACUGAAACAAGAUUUGACCCGAAAACAUAAAGAUGCUUUACAGUCAUGCAAGCCUCACAACCUUGCACUUCUCAAGUCAAACCAACAAGCAGAGAUUGAGGGUUUGGAAAUUCGAGUUAGAGAGGAGCAAAAAAGGAUGGAUAAGAAGAUUGUAGCAGAAAUGGAUCACAAAGUGAUAGACCAGCAGAAUACCCUGGAGAAGGCAGGAGUUCCUGGGUUUUACACCACGACUAAUCCUCAGGAGCUGACAAUGCAGAUGAACCUCCUUGAAUUGAUUCUCAAGCUUCAACAAAAGGAAUCGCAGUCUGGACUGCUUUGAAAACCAUAACAGUGACCAAA